GUUGUGGUAAUUCUAGAGCUGGUUGGUGUUUCCAUUGGUGAAGGGUAUGGCUAUGAUCAUGACAUGACAAUUGAGAGGAGGCCUUCUGCCUUCAUGCUUUGGGACCGAGUAGGGACCACAAUGAGCGGCAUGUGUGACAUAAAGUCUUUAGAGGAUUCCCUCUUCAAACGUAUAAUUGUAACUCAUGAUGAAACCAUUACCAAAUGGCUUGAUCCAGAAGCUGCAGUUGCCAGUAGAGAUGCUUUGGCAAAUUGUGUUGUUGUUAACACUUUUUGUAUUUAUCCAGAAGAUGGUGAAGCACCACCAAGUGGAGUGGAUGAUAGGACAAAGCUGGCUUAUUUUCAUAAGCCAGGAGUUCUGCAUAAUUUAAAUUCGAGAUAUGAUGUCAAUGAAAUAUAUAGUUAUGAUCAAUUAAGGAAUCAGUUAGUCAAUAUGCUUAGUGGCGAGAGUGAAGUGGGUGAAACGGAAAGCACAAAAUUGCUCAUGCAGUAUCUUGCUUACUUGGGAGGCAGAGCUGCAUCUGAGGGGAGGAUUGUCGCACAGCAAGUCCUGGAGUCAAAUCCGGUUCUAGAAGCAUUCG